AUGGUCCAAACUUCCAAAGACAACACCCCAACCCAUCAUGACCAACAUGAUGAUGAUAUUCCCGAUGAUCACCAAAUAAUGAAUUCUAACGAUCCAUCCAAUGAUGAUGAUGAAGAACAUUCACAACACUCGGAAAUGUUCCACACAGAAUUCAAUCCUUCUCUUGAUCGAUAUCCAUACUGUAUUGUUUGGACUCCAAUUCCUCUCAUCACCUGGUUACUUCCAUUUAUAGGUCAUAUGGGUAUUGCCACUUCACAGGGUAUCAUCCAUGAUUUUGCAGGUCCAUAUUACAUUAGUGUGGAUGAUUUUGCAUUUGGUAAACCAACUCGAUAUCUUCCUCUUGAAUCAUGUUUAAAUUCAGAACAAUUGAGCAGAUAUGAUUCAGUUAUUAAGAAUGGAGCAAAAUGUUACAGAUCUAAAAUGUAUAAUUUCUUUUGUCAUAAUUGUCAUCACUUUACAGUUCAUUGUUUGAAUGACCUGAAAUUUAGAAGAAAUCGAACGAUUGGUAUCAUUGAAAUUGCCUUUUUAAUGUUUAUUUAUGGAAAAUAUGUGAAUGGUCCAAUUGGAUUUGUCAAAACAUGGUUACCCUUUUUAAUUGUGUUUGGAUUGUUGUUGAUCCUCUUUUUCAAAUUGAAUCAAUUAUUUUAA